GCGCAACUAACCCAGGAUCCGACAAACUGCAGGAGCCAUCAUCCUGGCAUUCUCCGCUUCUUCGGAUUCCCAUCUGCAGCUCCGGUCCUCCUUCUUUUUUCUACUCAUCCAUCCAAAAUGCGCGAAAUUGUGCAUUUGCAAGCCGGUCAGUGCGGAAACCAGAUCGGAGCUAAGUUCUGGGAGGUGAUCAGUGAUGAGCAUGGCAUCGAUCCCACCGGUACCUACCACGGUGACAGUGAUUUGCAGCUAGACAGGAUCAGCGUCUACUACAAUGAGGCCACAGGUGGAAAGUACGUUCCCCGAGCCAUCCUGGUGGAUCUGGAGCCUGGUACGAUGGACUCGGUCAGGUCUGGUCCCUUCGGGCAGAUCUUCAGACCCGACAACUUUGUCUUUGGCCAGAGCGGCGCUGGAAACAACUGGGCCAAGGGUCACUACACCGAGGGCGCCGAGCUGGUGGACUCCGUUCUGGACGUGGUGAGGAAAGAGGCGGAGAGCUGCGAUUGCCUCCAGGGUUUCCAGCUGACUCACUCCCUGGGCGGUGGCACUGGGUCCGGUAUGGGCACCCUGCUCAUCAGCAAGAUCCGCGAAGAGUACCCCGACCGCAUCAUGAACACCUUCAGCGUGGUGCCUUCUCCCAAAGUGUCCGACACCGUGGUGGAGCCCUACAACGCCACCCUGUCCGUCCACCAGCUGGUCGAGAACACGGACGAGACCUACUGUAUUGACAAUGAAGCCCUCUAUGACAUCUGCUUCCGUACGCUUAAACUCACCACCCCCACGUACGGAGAUCUCAACCAUUUGGUGUCCGCCACCAUGAGCGGCGUGACCACCUGCCUGCGUUUCCCCGGCCAGCUCAAUGCCGACCUCCGCAAGCUAGCCGUCAACAUGGUGCCAUUCCCGCGUCUGCACUUCUUCAUGCCCGGUUUCGCGCCCCUCACCAGCAGGGGGAGCCAGCAGUACCGCUCCCUGUCCGUGCCCGAGCUCACCCAGCAGAUGUUCGACGCCAAGAACAUGAUGGCGGCCUGCGACCCGCGUCACGGCCGUUACCUCACCGUGGCGGCGGUCUUCAGGGGUCGCAUGUCCAUGAAGGAGGUGGACGAGCAGAUGUUGAAUGUACAGAACAAGAACAGCAGCUACUUCGUCGAAUGGAUCCCCAAUAAUGUGAAGACCGCCGUCUGCGACAUCCCGCCGCGCGGCCUCAAAAUGGCCGCCACCUUCAUCGGUAACAGCACGGCCAUCCAGGAGCUGUUCAAGCGCAUCUCCGAGCAGUUCACCGCCAUGUUCCGUCGUAAAGCCUUCCUCCACUGGUACACCGGCGAGGGCAUGGACGAGAUGGAGUUCACCGAAGCCGAGAGCAACAUGAACGACCUGGUGUCCGAGUACCAGCAGUACCAGGACGCCACCGCCGAGGAGGGCGAGUUCGAGGAGGAGGGAGAGGAAGAGGUCGCCUAAGUCGUCCGUCCGUCCGUCCAGCUGCCUGCCAUUUUACCUCACCCCCCCCUUCCAUCCCAUCCCUCUCAUCACGAAUUGAAGGAUCCACAACACUAUGAUAAAACGGUCUCCAUCUUGAUCACUGUUGCACUAGUGUUAGACGUUGGUGUUAACUGAUACUAGUGAAGUUUUUGGUUCCAAUGUUUUUUGUAUGUUGUGAAUGCACUGAUUUAUCCACAUCCUUGCAUCUUCCCUGUCAUUGCCUUGCCGAAUAAAAAGCAAGUGAUUUUAACUGUGAAGCCUUGAUAUUGGAGAAAGAUUAAAAUCUGAUUAAAAGGCCA